UCACGUGACUCACUCCAUCGCAAAUUAUUCAAAAUGGACGCACGACACAUAGAACGGAGUCGAGUCAGUCCGAGCUUUCUACAUUCCAACAGUACAAAUCACAUCUGGGUGUUUAGUGCAAUAGCAGAAUUAAUAGAUAAUGCGUAUGAUCCCGAUGUCAAUGCUAAAGGUUUAUGGAUUGAUAAAGAAGAGUUAGGCCUAUCAAAGAAAACUUGUUUAACUAUUACUGAUAAUGGAUCAGGUUUAGCUCCUGAUAAAUUACUAAAGAUGCUAAGUUUUGGCUUUUGUGAAAAGCAUGUCUAUGAAGGAAAAUCACAACACCAACCGAUUGGCCAUUAUGGAAAUGGCUUUAAAUCGGGCUCUAUGAGGAUUGCUAAGGAUGUUUUAGUUUUUACUCGGCAUUUAAAAGAAAUGAGUGUUGGAAUGUUGUCACAGAAUUAUUUGAAUCAAAUAAAAGCCGAAACUGUAGUCAUUCCUAUGGUAACAUGGAAUAUACUAAACAAGAAGAGGUCCAAUUCAACAGAAACUGUCAGUAAUCUUCGAGAGAUUACAAAAUAUUCGCUAUUCAAUUCAGAAGAGCGUCUGUUAAAAGAAUUUGAAUUAUUAGCAGAACAUAAAACAGGAACGAGACUUAUACUUUACAAUCUUGUAGUUAAUAAUAUAGGCCAGUUGGAGCUUGAUUUUGAAAGUGAUCCGACAGAUAUACUAAAUCCACAGACAUUAGAAAUUGAUACGACCUCAGUGUACCGGCCGAUACAAGAAGCUAAAUCUAAAUAUGAAACAUCAUUAAAGGAAUAUUGCAGUAUUUUGUUUUUGAAACCACGGAUGAAGAUAUUUUUAAGAGGAAAUAAGGUGAAAACAAAAUUGAUGACUAGAAGUUUGUCACAGACACUUUACGACACAUAUAAUCCUCAAUGGCUGGACAAACCGAUUAAAAUAACCUACGGGUUUAACUGCUCAGAAGGUGGUUAUGAAGAUUAUGGUAUUAUGAUGUACCAUAAAAAUCGACUGAUCAAAGCCUUCAAAAAAGUUGGUUACCAGAAACAAGCCAAUGACCUUGGUGUAGGCGUUGUCGGAGUUGUAGAAGUCAACUUUCUUCAACCAAUCCACAAUAAACAAGAUUUUGAGCAAAAUGAACGCUACAAUACAUUUAUAACAGCACUGGCUACUAAAACCAACGAUUAUUGGAAUGAGAAGAUGAAUCAAUCUACUUCGGCCAGUCAGGGGGCUCUGCCAGAUUGGUUAUGGGCCCAGUGUGAUAAUUGUUUAAAAUGGCGACGUUUACCAGAUGGUAUUAACAGACAGUUACCAGAUAAAUGGUAUUGUUAUAUGAACGCUGAUGCCUCACACAAUCGAUGCGAUAUUGAUGAAGAACCUGAAAAUGAAGAUGAGUCUAUACGACCUAAUCAAAAAACAUUUAAACAAGAAAAGGAAGUACAAAAACGAAAAUCAAAGGUAGAAGAGGAACUGGCGAAAGAAGCAUUAAAAGCAAGAGAAGAAAAGCUGCAAGAAAUGUAUACUGCGGUUGUAUCUUCACAAGACACAGAAAAACGGGAAAGGGAACUAUUGCAAAAGAAAUUAGAAGAAACUGAAAGGAAAUUAGCACUAGCUGACAAGAAAUUAGAAGAAGCUGACUUGAAAUUGCCUAUAAACCUAAUACCAGAAUUGCCAAUGGUUGUAAAUAAGACAACAGCUAGUAAUAGUCCUGCGGAGAAAUCAACACCUUCAUCAAAAGGGCAUUCGGAAGCCAAUAAAAGAAAGGUCGGAGAGAUUAGCACGGAGAUAAUAAGUAAACGUAUAUGUAAGAGUAAGAACGAACCGAAUAGCACCGAUAAAGUCUUAGCGGAAAUUGACGAGGCACUUGAAGGCUGUUCUAGCACACCUAAUAAGAAAGGAAACGCUCCGUCCCUUUCUGCCGAAGUGCUUAGAUUGAAGACCGAGUUACAAAGAACAGAAGCAAAGCUUAAAGACACCUAUAUUACGCUAGAAAAUACAAACAAAAAAUUAGAAGAUUCCGAGCAGAAGUUAGUGCAACAAGAGCUAAGCCUAAAAAGCUUUGAAAAUAAAAUGAAAUAUUCAGAGACGAAACUUCAAACUGCCGAAGACUCAUUAAGAAUGUCAGAAACAAUAGCAAAGAACCGUGAGCUGGAAUUUGCAGAUGCACAGAAAAAGUUUGAAUAUUCCGAGAAGCAUCUCGGCCACAUCCAAACCACACUAAAAACGACACAGACAUCGCUACAAGACAAAGAAUCGCAAUUAAAACUCUCAGAGAAGGAGCUUGAACAAACGCAAGCGUUGCUGCGCGACAAGCAGACCACAUUGCAAACUACACAGACAUCGCUACAAGACAAAGUCAAGAGAUUAAAAAUAUCAGAGAAGCAGCUUGAACAAACACAAACGAUGCUGCGCGACAACCAGACCACAUUGCUAACUACACAGAAAUCGUUACAAGACAAAGAAUCGCAAUUAAAACUCUCAGAGAAGAAGCUUGAACAAACACAAACGUUGCUGCGCGACAACCAGACCACAUUGCAAAUUACACAGACAUCGCUACAAGACAAAGAAUCGCAAUUAAAACUCUCAGAGAAGAAGCUUGAACAAACACAAAUGAUGCUGCGCAACAACCAGACCGCAUUGCAAACUACACAGACAUCGCUACAAGACAAAGAAUCGCAAUUAAAACUCUCAGAGAAGAAGCUUGAACAAACGCAAGCGUUGCUGCGCGACAAGCAGACCACAUUGCAAAUUACACAGACAUCGUUGAAAGACAAAGAAUCACGAUUAAAUCUCUCAGAGAAGAAGCUUGAACAAACACAAACGAUGGUGCGCGACAACCAGACCGCAUUGCAAACUACACAAACAUUGUUAAAAGACAAAGAAUCGCGAUUAAAACUUUCAGAGAAGAAUCUUGAAGAAACGCAAACGUUGCUGCGCAACAACCAGACCACAUUGCAAACUACACAGAAUAAGCUACACAAUGUUGAAAAAAAUCUCGGAGAUGAAAAACACAAUUUAGAAAGUACAGAAACGAGACUACAAGGUUUACAAACAAAUAUAUAUAGACUCUUAUCAAUUCUUGUACCUGAUGUAGAGUUGGGUGAGGUUUCAGAUGUUGAUAACAUCGUAAUUGAUAUGAUAGAUGUCAAUCAAGAAAUUGAAUAACAUUUAGUCUAUGAUAAAAUCGUAAUUGAUAUGAUAGAUGUCAAUCAAUUUGUACUAUAGUGUACGAGUUUACAAUUGUCUACUGAGAGCAGUCCGAAAUAUCAAACGUUGGCUUUGUGCUUUGACGCUCUGGGUUUGUUUUGGUUUUUUUGUGCAAAUCCGUACCACCAACAGUGCAAGAGUUUUUGUGUAUUUUCUGGACGGCGAAACUCUCUAUAUAUUUUACAACCUUUUAGCGCUUCAACUUUCAAGGUCAGGACACCUGACUGGCUGUGUUUUAUUUAUGUUAUCUAUGACCAAAUUAAUUCAACAACAUGUACACUAUGUGGCUAGGCAGAUGUUAAGACUGUUUCAUAUGUAGAAGUUAUUAUUUUUAUAUAACGCCCAACAAAAUCUCAUACUAGUGUUACGUGGUAACAUUUUCAUAUGUGUCCUUAUAUAUGUUUUCAGUGAUUAAGACACACUGGUUCCUCUAUAGUCUGGAGUUCUCUGUUAUAGUCUGGAGUUCUCCGUUAUAGUUCUCUGGUUUGGUCCUGUGGCGUUGGCCGAGAGAGUUCCUCUGAAUUUUCUGGCUUGGUUUCAUCUUGUCAGUGGGGCAGCUGUCUAGUUGUUCGGAUGGAAAAAAAGCACGUGGUUUCAACACCCUAUCAUAAUACUUAACCAGCGUCAAACAUAUAUCCUGUUUCCCAAAUGCUACAAAUCGACCCAAGAUGUCUUGGCGGCAGUGGGAGAGAUAAAUAUUGGGUCGUGCCCCCACGGGAUCUGGCUUCUCGUGCAAAAUCAUAGUGAUCAGUCUGCCCAUUUGCUUUGUAUCCCGAAGUGAGAGAGAGAGAAAAAAAAUGGGGUUUAACGUCCACUCGACACAAACUAGUUCAUUUCGGGACUAACAUGGUUUAAUUUUAUUUCAAUAAUUCGCUUGCGCGUAGAGGUCUUUAGCAGUGGGAGGAAACCGGAGGACCCGGAGAAAACGCACGAGGUUCGGCAGGCGACCCUACUCCUUGUCACAUACAACCGGGGAUUCGAAACCACGCCAGUUAACCCAAUGACAGGCUUUAUGAUACAGCACGCACGUCCUAACCAUUCGGCCAUCCAACCCCCCUGUAUCCCACGAUGGAGUUAAAUGGUUGUACAUGAAACUUCAACCGUAUCCUCUCUGUAUCUUUGCAUGAUUAUUUUUAUCUGUUUACUAAUCAAAUUUCAUUGAUCAUAAAUCAUCGAAGGGAUGAGAGACAAGUGAAUUCACGUACAAAGCUCUUCUCCCUACAAAUUCAUGAUAAUAAAGCAGCAUUAAUAUUAAAACAAUACUCAUGCGAUAAAUAUCAAUUUUACUUUUAUACUCACAAAUAUAUAUAAUAUUAAAGUUUACAAUUUACUUGUACAUGGAUACAUAUAUUUACGUUUUAUUUUUAUAAUUGUAUUACCUUUUUUUAUGUUCUUAUUUACAUUUAAACUAUACUACUGUUUUUACAAUAUAAAAUCGUGAUUGUUCACUACCACUGGGUGUGUUACACAUAUUAAACAUACAUUAUGCAAGAGCUAAAUCUGCCAAUUGCCGGUCUUUCUUUAGGCCUGAAAUGUUAUCUAAAUUAUUAAUUAGACAUAAUUAACUUAUCCUGACCAUAAUCAACACGCGAUGGCAUCGCUAACCUGCAAUAUUUACUGGAUUAGAACCCUGUCUGCUGCUACUGAUUAAAUCAAAAAAUGGAUAAUCGAGACUAUGUUUUUCAUCUUACCGACUCUAAUAAUGAUGAUCGCGGCAGGCCCAAAAUUCAAUCGCUUUAGGGUAGAUCGCUUUGACAGAAAUUUUCAGCAAAUUCCCUUUACAUUAUCUAGGUUUUAACUAUUAUAGCGAGAACUGCCAGCUCUUUAUCUAAUCUCCAAUAAUGUAUCAUUAACUGACUUGUAGUUCUAAUUUACCUCAGUGUAGUAUUCUCAUCUAUUUUAAAUCUUUUGAGAGAUACUGAUAAUAUUUUGCAUAAUUUUUAUUGUCGUGGACCCUGAACAUCAAGACUACCUUCCUUUCAUAUGUUUGUGGACACUCAACAGGUCACAAUUUGUAUCCGAUUUUGACGAAACUCGAUUGAAACAUGGGUUUACAUCCCGAAGAUCUCGGUUCCGUUCAUUAUUUUCCUGGAUGAUCCCUGAUUGAACGAAAAAUAGCCUUUUUAGCUAUCCUAUCCUUCCAUUGCAAAAUGUGGGCAUACCUUGCAUGGCAACUGCUUGUUAUGUAUUUUUCAUCCACUUUUAAUGUAUUUUUCAUUGACAAUGUAUAAUUUACAUGCUGCUCGAAAUGUGUUUUAUGUAAUAAAAUAUCUAUCUUUACACACCUUGAGAUGUUAUUUCCUGUGAUCUCCCAUGCAUGUUAUGAAAAGCAUCAACCUGUUAUGACGUCAUCAGAGUGUGAUAUCAUAUCGACCCUAAUGCUAUGGACAGACGAGCGUAUUUUUCCGCCCGAUCGCGGCGGUGGAAAUUCGCCAGAGAUUUUUUUACGGCCAAUAACGAACGGGCACACGUAGCGAUCGUCUCAAGAGCGUGCGCCACUCUGUGAGUAAUAUGUCGAUCACGUGACUUGUCGAUCACGUGACUUGUACAAAAUGGCAGCCAUUGUAACCGGUAGCCGUAGCUAUCUUAAUUAUUUGUAUUUCGUUUUCCGGAAAAGCGCUCCGUAGUUCUAUAUUUAGACUAUGGGUGUAAGUUUUGGUACCUAUCGCUACUCUAGUAAAAUCUAUGGUUUUCUCGGCACAGUCAUCGCCUGUUUAAUAUUUUGAUAUUUUCAUAUUGUGUAAGAGUAUAUAUUUCUAAUUGAGCAUGCUGCCUAUGUUUUUAUUAUUGUUAAUUGUGUCUGCCGACUGUAUUUUCAAGCAAGAACUUUACUAUGUAUUUAUAUGUAUUUUCACUUAGUUUGUUAUAAUAUUUAGUGGGCAGAUUUUGUAAGUAAACAUUUUUGAUGGGGACUUAUAUGUAUCUGGUAGAUAAAUUAUCUAGCUAUCCGUGCCUAUCCUUAGUUUUGUGGUGCCUACUUUGUGUCAAAAGUUCUGCAUAUUUUUUGGAUAGUACCCGUGUCUGGAUUUUAGAUUCCAUGCCGACUUGUCCAAGGGAGAUAAUAUUAGCUUCUUGUAUAUCAAGAAUUUAUUAAUUAGUAGGCAUGUUUAAUUUAAGUCUUAUUUAGUAUAUUUUAUCCUUUCAAAUUAUUAUUUAUGCAUGUUGUAAGCCGUGUGUCAUGUUGGUUUAGUUGAGGCAUGGGUUCUUUUAUUUAUUUUGUGUCUGUUAGUUUAGGAUUUCACCCCACCUUUUAUUACUAGGUGGAUGAAUAAGUUGAGUCUCAUUGCCUCCAUGCAUUAGCCUUUUGUCUUCUAGACUGGAUAGUAAUAUCCUGGCUCGAGGAAGUGUUUUGACAGCGGUUGAACACAGUGUUUUAGUUUUAGUCUUUAUGUCUGGUAGUAGAAAGUGUUUUUUUAGAAGUGUUUUGUAAGUAAUUAUUAAUAUUACAUAGUUAGAGACGACCACAAAUCGUCCCGAAGUCACGUAAUUUCGGAUACCCGAAUUUGACCUUGCUAUCCCCAACCGAAAAUUAUAUGUAUCAUAUAUGUUUCUAAUUUUUAUUAAAACCUUUAUAAGUUC